AUGAAUCCAAGUGAUAAUUUGCCCAAAGAUGAUAGGGGUAACCCGCCAUUACCUGUCACGAGUAGUGGUGUGGGAAACCCUAGCAGAGAUAAUACAAUGGAGGAUUUUGGGUAUAAGUCUUUUUCUGAAAAAAUGUAUGGGGACGUAUUUAUUAGCUCGAAGCCGAUGACUGUUCAGGAUUUGAAAGACAAUACUUCAUCGUUUGCGAAACCUCUGAAUAUUGAUGGAAACCCGAUGUUGCCUAGACGUGGUAUGGUACGGAAUGAGCAAAGGGUAAUUAACAUUAUCAAUGAAUUGGAGAAGGUGACUGUUCCAGUGCAGAAUCCGGUUGCUAACACUAAUUGUUCAAGUGAGAAUGUGACUAAGCCGGUAUCUUAUGCUGAUAAGCUUCAGUCUUCGGGUGGAGUUAAAAGGGUGGUGAACUUUAGGUUGAUUGAGGCCCACGAGGUGAUGGAGAAUGCUGACGUUGUCAUCCCAAAAGAAGCGGUUCAGAAAGUGCAGGAUAGGUUUGAAAAUGUCUUGUAUGGUUAUUUUUUGGGAAGUAGACUUCCAUUCCCGGUGGUAGAGUAUUAUGCUAAAAAUGUAUGGAACAAGUAUGGAUUCUCUAAGGCUAUGAUGAACUCCAACGGGUUCUUCUUUUUUAAGUUUGAUUCGACUGAAGGAAUGAAUAAGGUCCUUGAAGGUGGUCCAUGGCUCAUUCGGAAAGUUCCGUUAUUUCUCAAUGUAUGGACCCCGGCUGUUACACUUAGGAAGGAUGGAAUCAAAUCGGUCCCUGUUUGGGUUAAGUUUCAUAACGUACCGAUUGCUGUUUACACUGAUGAUGGCCUCAGUCUUUUGGCUUCGAAGAUUGGGACCCCGAAGAGGUUAGAUAAUUACACUGCUGAUAUGUGUAUUGAUAAUUGGGGGAGGACGAGUUUCGCUCGUGCUAUGAUUGAGAUUUCAGCGGAUAAGGAGUUGAAAGAUCAUAUAGUUGUAGUUGUUCCCAAAUUGGUUGAAGAGGGCUAUGUUAUGGAGGAAAUCAAGGUUGAAUACGAAUGGAGACCUAAAAGAUGUGCUGAAUGUUGUCUUUUUGGCCAUGAUGGUUCGUCUUGCCCGAAGGUAGAACCGGAGAUGUCCAAAAAAGUAUCUAUUGACCAGGAUGGUUUCGUGACUGAUAAAAGGAAAACGGCUAAACAUGGAUUCCCACAAAAGAAGCAAAAGGCCAGAUUUGUCUAUAGGCAAAAAUCUUCUAUUCCUGGGGCUGCCACGAGUACGGAUGCUAAAGGUGGUAAUGAUUCGGCGGGUGGUAAUGGUUCAUCGGGUGGUAUUGGCUUCUCGGGUGGUAAUGGUUCGUCGGGUGCCAGUUCGUCUGGAACGAAAAAAGAUGAUGAAUUUUUGAACAAGAAUGGUAAGAGUAAGCAUGGUAAUGGAGGUAAUGGUCACAAUAAAAGUAGUAUUAAGAUCCAGAAUUCGUUUGCUGCGCUUUCUAGUGACAAUUCUCUGGAGGGAGCUCCUUAUGUGGACCUGAGCUAUGAAAAUGAGCCGAUACGAGUUCCUAACGAAGAUGAUGGGGUUUUUGAUGAUCUUCAAACGGAAAUAUCAGAGUUUAUGUGUGCUGGUACUAGUAACAAAAAAUCUGAGGGGGCAAGCACUCCCGGUCAACCUGGUGUGUGUGCUGUUUUGGAGUCUCAUGUGCAUGUUAGCAAGCUUGAUAGAAUUUGUAAAGGGGUGUUUAGAUCGUGGGAUUGGACCUCUAAUGGGAGCUGCUGUUCUAGAGGUACUAGGAUUAUUGUUGGUUGGAACAAGGAUGCAGUGGAUCUUUUGGUGAUAGCCCAAUCGGAUCAGGUGGUUCAUGUGCAAAUUCGUAUAAAAUCUGAUAAUAAAAUCCUGUUCUGCUCGUUUGUUUAUGCUGAAAAUAUUUACCAAGAUAGAAGGGCUUUGUGGGAUGAUCUUUGUAAACACAAGUGUUUCAUUCAAGACAAACCGUGGGUGGUGCUAGGUGAUUUUAAUUCAGCCCUUUCGAUGGAUGAUUAUUUAGUUGGGCCAUCUACUAUUACGGUUGGGAUGAGGGAGUUUUAUGAUUGUGUUCAACACAAUCAACUUUCUGAUGUUAAAAGUCAUGGGCUUCAUUUCACUUGGAACCAAAAACCGAAAAAUGGAGUAGGAGUUUUGAAAAAGAUCGAUAGAGCUAUGAGUAACACUCAGCUUCUUGAUUUAUUUCCAGAUGCUUAUGUUUUAUUUCAGCCCUAUCGGGUUUCGGACCACUCGCCAUGCAUUCUGAAUUUGUUUCCGGUUAACUAUAAUAGGCCUAAGCCUUUCAAAUUUGCUAAUUUUCUAGCGAGGAAGGAGGGAUUUAUUCCAUGCGUGGCCAAGGAAUGGGUUAAGGAGAUUCCGGGUAAAACUAUGUUCUCGGUGGUUAAGAAGUUGACGGCUCUUAAGUCCCCUUUAAGACGCCUUCUUUUUGAUCAGGGUAAUCUCCACAACCGUGUGAAGGAGGUUAGAUUGCAAUUGGAUGUCAUUCAGAAAGCUAUAGAUGACAACCCGCUUGACCUGGUUUUACGUGAAUCGGAAGCUCGUUGUAUUCAGGAAUUUAAUACCGUCUCGUAUGAUGAAGAAUGCUUUCUUAAGCAAAAAGCUAAGACAGAAUGGCUUGCGGCAGGCGAUUCCAACACGAAAUUCUUCCAUAACUGUGUGAAAAUGAGGAAUGCAUGCAACAAAAUUCAUACCAUUCAAGAUGUUCAUGGAAACUGGUCGCAUGGGAACGAUGUUUUUGGUGUUCUGGUUGCUCAUUAUUCGAACUUUCUGGGAACCCAAGACCAUGUAAGCAAGCUGGUGAAAACAAAGCCCCAGGGCCGGAUGGAUACACGUCCGCGUUUCAAAAACUCUUGGGAGAUUGUGGGUGAGGAGAUAACGAAAGCGAUUCUGGAUUUCUUUGAUAAUGGGAAGUUGCUUCAGCAAAUCAAUCACACUAUCAUUGCUCUAGUUCCGAAAACCCAAUCGCCUAAUUCAGUUACGGAUUACAGGCCGAUCUCUUGCUGUAACGUUCUUUAUAAAUGCAUUAGUAAGAUUAUCACGGAAAGGAUUAAAGGUAGUUUGGAUCGGCUUGUUGACAUCAAUCAAUUUGCCUUUGUGCCGGGAAGGAAGAUUACUGAUAAUAUUCUGCUUACCCAGGAACUUAUGCAUAAUUACCACUUGAACAUUGGCCCGCCCAGAUGUGCAUUUAAAAUCGACAUUCAAAAGGCCUAUGAUACAGUGAGCUGGUCUUUUCUUGAGGACGUCCUUCAUGCCUUUGGGUUUCACCCGAAGAUGGUUAAAUGGAUCAUGGUUUACGUCACUAGUGUAUCUUAUUCGCUGAGCAUUAAUGGCAACCUUUAUGGUUAUUUCAAAGGGAAACGAGGGCUUAGACAGGGUGAUCCUAUUUCACCUUACCUGUUUACUCUGGUUAUGGAGGUUCUUUCGUUGUUACUUAAGAGGGCAGCCAAUUCAAAUAAUGCAUUCCGGUUUCAUCUUCAUUGCAAAAAGCAGAAGAUUAUUAAUGUAUCGUUUGCUGAUGAUCUGUUUUUAUUUGCGAAUGGGGAUGCGGCUUCGGUGAGGAUCCUUCGGGACACUCUUAAGAUGUUUUCAAGUGCUUCGGGUCUGGUUCCAAGCUUGCCGAAAAGUACUGUUUAUUUUGGUAACGUUCCUCGUAAUAUUAAACAGGAGAUUCUCAAUAUUAUGCCGUUCCAAGAGGGAUCGCUUCCGGUUCGCUACUUGGGAGUUCCGUUGAUCUCAACAAAGCUUUAUUACAAAGAUUGUAAAGUCUUAGUUGAUAAGAUGGUGAAAAAGAUUGAUAACUGGAUGACCAGAUCUUUAUCUUUUGCUGGUAGGCUUCAGUUGGUUAGUUCUGUCCUCUCUGCAAUGCAUACCUAUUGGGCCACUGUGUUUAUGCUUCCAGCUAAAAUUGUUCAUGAUCUGGAAAGAUGUAUGCGUGGUUUUCUUUGGGCCGGUUCCACCCAACAGUCUGUAAAGGCCAAAGUUGCUUGGAAGGUUGUCUGUUUGCCCAAGUAUGAGGGGGGUUUGGGCAUUAGAUGUAUUUCUGAUGUCAACAAGGCUCUCCUAUCUUCUCAUGUUUGGAGUGUCCUUACUAAUCGGAAAUCGCUCUGGGUGCAGUGGAUUCAUAUGUAUAAGCUUAAAGGCAAGAGCUUUUGGGAGGUCCCGAGUAGAGGUCGUAUGACCUGGGGUUGGAGGAAGCUUCUUGCUAUUCGCAGCUUACUCCGGCCGUUCUUAUGGUCCUCUAUUGGCAACGGUGCUCGAACAAACGUAUGGAGCGAUAUGUGGUGUGAUCAUGGGCCCUUGAGCAGGUUUAUUAGCCCGAGAAGGAUUGCUAAUGCGGGUUUCCAUCUCCAGUCUACGGUUGCCGAUUUGGUCUCGCAGAAUGGGGAGUGGACUUGGCCGAUUGCAUGGUAUGACUUGUUUCCAGUUUUAAUUAAUGUCCAGGUUCCUAUGUUUUCUGAUAGGCAAGACCGAAUGGUAUGGAAAGAUCUUGAUGGUAACUCCUGUCACUUCUCUUCUAGGGAGGUUUGGAAUAAUAUUCGGCAUCGUGAUAACAUAGUCCCAUGGGUUAAUAUGGUUUGGUUUAAACAGUGCAUCCCGAGACAUUCGUUCCAUAUGUGGCUAGUAAUUAGAAACAAAUUAAAGACACAAGAUAGAUUGUCGGUUUGGGAGGCGGGAAGUGCUUCAAAUCUGAACCUCAUGUGUUGCCCGUUAUGUUGCUAUGAUAGAGAUUCGAGGAAUCAUCUAUUCUUUGAAUGCUCUUUUGCUUUGGAGGUUUGGAAUAACGUUAAGGCAUGGACGGCUAUGGAGAGUGUAAAUGGUUCAUGGGAUGAUAUUAUGGCUUGGAUGACUCAGCACUCGAACAUGCAAGUGUCGGAAAAUAUUAUCAGUCGAUUGGUUCUAUCAGCUGCUUCGUAUUUCGUCUGGCAGGAAAGAAAUAAUAGGUUGUUCUCAAACAAUCACCGUACGCCGAUGGUGAUUGCUCGUGAGGUUGUUCGGACAGUUCGAUUACGUAUGUUAUCAUUCCAGUUCAAGUGGAGACCUGGCCUUCGUCGACUCCUUGAGAAAUGGCAGAUUCCUGGAGGAAACUUAGAGAUUGAUCCAGGCUGA